GACAGCUAGACAGUUUGCUUGUUAGCAGUAGGGUUUCUGACAUCGGGGGUUUAGCUAGCUGGCUGUUCGAAAGCCGCCAGACCGACACAUAGCCUACUCUAACAUCGGUGUCUUAACAUUCAAUUCACAGCUAUGCGAAGGAAGUCUAGGAUAUUACUAUGCUUCGCCGUUCUAUGGGUGCUUGGCAUCGCUUAUUAUUUCUAUUCGGGAACAGCUAUGAAUCGCAAGGAUGACUGGAAUGGAAUUGAAUCAUCAAAGAGGAAUCUGGCACAUAGCAGUGCAGAUGACAAAACCCACAGCCUGGAGACACUCCCUCCUGGGAAGGUGAGGUGGCAGGACUUUGACCAGGAUGUGUAUGUGGGCGCGACCUUGGUGAAGCCAGGACAGGAUCCCUACGCCCGCAACAAAUUUAACCAGGUGGAGAGUGACAAGCUUCGAAUGGACCGCAGUGUCCCGGACACCAGACAUGACCACUGCCAGCACAAGCAGUGGCACACAGACCUGCCAGCUUCCAGUGUGGUCAUCACCUUCCACAAUGAGGCCCGCUCGGCCUUGCUUCGCACUGUCAUCAGUGUCCUCAAGAAGAGCCCUCCACAUCUUGUCAAAGAAAUUAUACUGGUGGAUGAUUUCAGCGACAACCCGGAAGACGGGUCCUUGUUGGGGAAAAUAGAGAAGGUGCGUGUCUUCCGAAAUGACAGACGAGAAGGGUUGAUGAGGUCACGGGUACGUGGGGCAGACGCCGCUACAGCCAAGGUCCUGACCUUCUUGGACAGCCACUGCGAGUGCAACGAGCACUGGCUGGAGCCUUUGCUUGAAAGAGUGGCUGAGGACAGAACACGGGUCGUCUCCCCCAUCAUCGACGUAAUCAACAUGGACAGCUUCCAGUAUGUUGGUGCCUCUGCAGACCUCAAGGGGGGAUUUGAUUGGAACCUGGUGUUUAAGUGGGACUACAUGACUCUGGAGCAGAGAAAGGCAAGACAAGGAAACCCCAUUGCUCCUAUCAAGACACCGAUGAUAGCAGGGGGCCUCUUUGUCAUGGACAAGGACUACUUUGCAGAGCUGGGGAAGUACGACAUGAUGAUGGAUGUUUGGGGUGGAGAGAAUCUAGAGAUCUCGUUCCGUGUUUGGCAGUGUGGGGGAAGCCUGGAGAUCAUCCCUUGCAGCAGAGUAGGCCAUGUCUUCCGCAAGCAGCACCCCUACACCUUCCCCGGGGGCAGUGGGACAGUCUUCGCCAGGAACACAAGACGAGCAGCAGAAGUGUGGAUGGAUGAGUUUAAGAACUUCUACUACGCUGCUGUUCCCUCUGCUCGGAACGUCCCUUAUGGCAACAUCCAGAGCAGGUUGGAGAUGAAGAAGAGGCUGGCUUGUAAGCCAUUCAAGUGGUACCUGGAGAAUGUAUACCCAGAGCUAAGAGUACCGGACCACCGAGACAUUGCCUUUGGAGCUCUGCAGCAAGGGACCAACUGUUUGGACACACUGGGGCACUUCACUGAUGGAGUAGUGGGCGUGUAUGAGUGUCACAAUGCAGGUGGAAACCAGGAAUGGGCUCUUACCAAGGACAAAUCAGUCAAGCACAUGGACCUAUGCUUGACGGUGACGGAAAGGACUGCCGGCUCACAAAUCAAGCUUCAGGGCUGCCGAGAAAAUGAUACCAGACAGAAGUGGGAGCAGAUCGAGAGCAACUCCAAGCUACGGCAUGUUGGCAGCAACCUAUGCCUCGACAGCCGUAGUGUCCGGAGUGGAGGUUUGACCGUGGAGGUGUGCAGCCCCUCCCUCACACAGCAGUGGAAGUUCACCCUCAACCUGCAGUCUUAGAACCGUUUGGCCCCCCUCAACAUCCUCCCUCCCUCACUGGACCUCACGCAGAGGAGUGAUUCCCCCACCAACACCCAACUCGCACUGAAGGCAGGAACUUGAGGAAUUGAAUUACCACUUGGGAGAGAGAGAGACGAGAGCGUGACCACAGCCAUGCUCUCUGCCAAACUAUAUACCUCAGUGUUUUUGUCUUGGUCCAACAUCAGAAAAGCGAACGUGACAUUUCCUGAGUCAUGUUUUUUUGUUUGUUUCCCUUGUUUUCCAAUGAAUUUCUGUUCGUUCCAGGAAUGGAUGUUACUAUUUUGGUUUAAUUUUGCAAAAAUCUCAUCCUGUCAAAUGUAAAUGAUGCUGUAUUGCAUCAGAGGUCCCUCACCAGUCAGUUAUGGCCAAGCACACAAUGGUGGCUUUGGCAGGUUGUGGGUUGUCGGAGAUUGAGUUUUGUUCUUGAAUGGGAUCAGUUUGGAUGUGUUUUGAGUCACUUCAAAAAG